AUGGAUCAUCCCAAUACCGCAGCUUUCCUGAACGAUGACCAACGUACGUUGGCAAUCGAGCGAAUGGAGACCCGUGAUACGACAAAAAAGAGCGUCAUAUCUAGGCCGCAGCUGAUCGCCGGCCUCACAGAUUACAAGAACUACGCCCAUGCUAUUCUACAUUUUUGCUGCAACUACUCCUUUACAGCACUGUCAAACUUCCUUCCAACUAUCAUUCAUAAUAUGGGUUAUGAUUCGAUAAACGCGCAGGGCCUGACUGCCCCGGUAUACCUAGGUGCAUUUUUUGUCAGCUUGCUAAUAGCUUGGCUAUCCGAUCGAUACGGGCAUAGAGGCUUACUCGUCGCUGGUACGGCAUCAAUCAGUUCAGCUGGAUAUGCCCUUCUUGCUACUCAACAACUGACAAGUGUUCGAUAUUUGGCCGUCUGGCUCACAGCUUGUGGAAUCUUUCCAGCCCUUGCUGUAAAUAUGACAUGGAUGCUAAAUAACAAUGCGGGAGAGACCAAAAAGGGUGUUGGAAUGUCGAUACUAGCAAUUGUCGGACAAUGUUCUUCUUUUGUCGCGUCGCUCGUGUUUCCUGACGAAGAUUCGUGA